AUGCGAUUAGCUCAGCCUACCCUGACUUCCCGAUUCAUCCGACCGCAGCUCGUCAACACUCUGCGUAUUCUACGCAAUAUGUCAUCAAACAAUACUCCACUACUUGAAGAGCUCUUGCUUCCGUUCAAACACCACAAACAUUACUACCCUGCCAGAAUAGGUGAUACCCUCAAGAAUCAGUAUCGAAUCAUAGCAAAGCUGGGCUAUGGAGCGUAUUCCACUGUUUGGCUCGCCUGGGACCAAAGGCUUAACAAUUACGCGUCGCUAAAGAUUUGUAUCAGGGAUGAUUCGAAAUCAUCGCCUGUCAUUAACGAAAUCAACAUGUUACAACAUUUGGAAAAGUUCUCAAAGGUUGACCACCCUGGCGUAGAGUACACGCGACUUGCUCGCGAGAUUUUCGAAAUCGACGGUCCUACUGGGUCACAUUACUGUAUUGCUACCCAACCACAAGGACCCAGUCUUCGUGCCUUACAAGAGAAAUUCCCAAAUGCCAAACUGCCAAAGCUUCUAGUGAGAUCUCUGGUGCAUCGAAUCAUCUUUUCGAUCAACUUUUUACACGUGACCUGUGGUGUUAUACAUACUGAUAUAUCUCCUCAGAAUGUGUUAGAGAGGAUUGACGAUACCACGAGCCUACAAAAGGUUGCAGACCAAGAAUCCAAAAACCCUAGUGUAGUAUCCAUAAUUGAUGGAAGCCCGGUGUACGAGUCUAGAGAAGUUCCCGUGGCACUUACUGGAGACCCAAUGCUUACUGAUUUUGGUCAAAUGCGAUUGGGAGAGCAUAAUAAUAGUGACUGGUGGAUGCCGGAUCUUUAUAGGGCCCCAGAAAUUCUACUUAAACUCCCUUGGGGUUUCCCAGUCGACCUCUGGUCAAUUGGCGUGAUGACGCUCGAGCUUCUCGAAGGCCGAAACCUUUUCGAUCCUAUUGAUUAUACUAAUCAGCAAUAUGUCUUGCCCCUUGCGUUGGCUCAAUACAUUAGCUAUCUUGGUCCUCCGCCCCUUGCUAUGAUACAAAAGAGUCCACUGUUCACCACAUUCUUUGAUGAGACAGGAACUUGGAUCUCAGAGCCCUCAAUACCAAAAGCCUCGUUUGAAGAUUUUGUUACUACAAUUCCUCCAGGGGAUGAAAAGAAAAUGUUUUUAAGAUUUAUACGAAGAAUGCUUACAUGGGACCCUGAAGUGAGAGCAACAUCAUUUGAAAUCUUCAAUGAUGACUGGCUUAUGGAUAAUACCCUACCAAUAUAUUUACUUGCCGAACAGCAUUUCGACACCAUUGAUGUCUUCGAGCAACGUGAUUGUGUCGGUGGCGUUUGGAAUUUGUCUCCGGCCAGUCACAAAGCCGAGCUAUUAACUCCUGUUCCCCAAGAAAAUGCAAAAUUCCCAACCGAGAAGCCAAUUUGGCAACCCACUGCGGAGCCGCACAGUAAUACCGACAAAGGUCUCGCCAUGUUCCUCUCCCCACUUUAUGAUGAGCUGGAAACAAACAUCAUGCACAAGUUAAUGGAGCUUUCGGGCUUGCCUUUUCCAAAAAACACACAGCUUUUUCCAAAGUCGGAGUCUGUGCUACAGUACCUCCAGGAAUACAGCAAAGAUAUUGAGCAUUUAAUACACUUCCAAGUUCAGGUCAUGGACAUCAUGCUAGAGGAUGAAUCAGUUGGAAGCUGGGCAGUUACAAGGAAGUGCUUGCAAUCUGAUACACUGCAGACGGAUGUUUAUGACGCAGUUGUCGUUGCAAAUGGGCACUAUAAUGUACCUUAUGUACCGUCGGUUCCCGGGAUUGACGUCUGGCAUAAAUCCUAUGCUGGUGCUAUUUCACAUUCCAAAUCUUACUUUUCGGCGGAACCGUUUCGAGGUAAAAAGGUUCUUGUUGUGGGAAAUUCCGCAUCGGGAAUCGAUAUUGGCUCUCAAAUAGGCAAAGUCUGUCUUACACCGUUAAUUUCUUCGGCAAGAUCAGAAUCAUAUUUCACAGCCAAACCAUCUGACGACAGAAAGAACGUAUCUUCAAUAGAGGAGUUUCUUUCCCCAGAACGAUAUAAUAGAGCCGUUCGAUUGUCUAAUGGUGAAAUCGAAGACAAUAUCGACUAUGUUGUCUUUUGCACGGGCUAUCUUUAUUCCUUUCCCUUCCUAUCCGCUCUCGAGCCUCCAGUAAUUAAAGAUGGCAGCAGAACACUUUGUGUAUACCAGCAUAUGUUCUAUAUAGAACACCCAACUUUGAUAUUUCCUCUUCUAAACCAGAAGAUCAGCCCGUUUCCGAUCGCCGAAGCUCAGAGUGCGGUGCUCUCAAGAGUACUCUCGGGGAGACUGUCUCUCCCAAUUGAAGAAGAUAUGUAUGCCUGGGAAGAGGCAACUGCUGCAUUGCAUGGCUCAGGCAAAACGUUUCACUUUCUACCUUAUCCCCUGGAUGCAGAAUAUCUUCAAUUCCUUUAUGAUUGGGCAGCCAGUGCAGAAACGCAGCCUGGCCUUGAGCGCGAUGGGAAUGGUAAAGAGUGUCCAUUGUGGGGUGAGAAGGAGAGGUGGCUGCGGUCCCUGUUUACAAAUAUCAAGCAAGCAUUUGUAGCGCAAGGCGAAGCUAUUGAUAUAGAAACUGAACAUAGUGAUACUGAAUAUCCCAUCAAGGGCAUUGUUGAUGAAACUCUUGAUAAAUAUUUGGUUGAGUGGGAAGGGAAUUUUGAACCAACCUGGGAACCCAAGCACUUUGUGAAUGAUGCUGCAAUAGCUGCUUGGAAUUUAAAGAAACAAAACCAAAGUAGAAAUUCUGAGAGAUAUCGCAGUCAACGGCCUCUUCGCAAUCGCCAAGAGACCUACUACAACUCCUUGUCUCAGUCCUCCUCGUCAAAUUUGCAGAGCCAAAAUACCCAAAGUAGUGGAAGUAUCUUUGUAUCGCGCUCAACACAGCAAUCCCCGCAUACGACGCAUUCUCAAGACAGUGGUUUCAGUGGCGAUUCACCUGAUCAGCCCGUUUCGAACCUUUCAGAUCAAUCUUUACGUUGCUCUUCUGCCCAAGUGCUAACAGAGGGCUCACCACUAGGAGCUGAAAGUUUCGAAUAUCUUUCUCAAUCAACUUAUUCCCCUGAGCAGUCCGUAGGGUCUGGUAGCCAACUAAAUUCUGCCAGGAGUUUAUCGUCCCGAUUGAGGUAUAAAUCGGAUGACGCUAGUGGUAUAUCACGAUUCUUAAAAGACGGUUCCUUUAGAAAUAGCGGCUCCGCACGACGAGGUGGUCACCAAAGUUCUUCGAUUAAUAACACAGAAAGGAACACGCCACAUUCACGUUACUCGGGUACCCCAUUUUUAUGUACCAAAUCCGCAAAGCCUCAAAUAUCAACACCACAUUGCCAACGCUCAAACGACCCAACUAUCAGGGACACCUUGUCUAAUAAGUUCCCUUUAGAGAUUGCAGAGACUCCUGAAUCACAGCUCCAAGUACAGGAAAUUGAUAGCCGAACCUAUUCAAUAUCUCAGUUUCCUUUGCAUGCGCUGGAAUCCCCACCACUCUCUAACUUUAGUGCUUGUAAAACGCCACAUUAUCCCCAAAAAUCAAGCACGAACAUAUCAGCAACAAAUAAAGUGUCUGAAACCGUUUAUCACGGCACCCAAGAAUCAGUUGACGUCUCUCCUUCAAGUUUUGUAAGACUUAAUCCCCAAUAUAGCGACGAAGGACGGCAUACUUCCAUAUCACGAAGGUCAUAUACUCAAAAGUCAAGUGAAAACUUAGAAUAUCUCGAGGAUCCAUUCUACGCGAUGGAGAAUUCGUCUUCCCAACAGCCAAAAAGCUUAGCGGAAGCUGCUCGCAACAAUCCUGGAACCACAUAUGGAGAAAGGAUGCAAUACUUUCGCGCAUUGGAACGCGCGAGCAUUAAACCAUUGCAAAGCCUGACCAAGAGCGCAACACCCUCAUCUGCGGGAGAUAUCGAACCUUCCGGUCCUCCAGUAAUAUCGAAACCAGGAGCCCCUUUAAGCAUUCGCCAUGAAAAGGUGCCUUUAGUAAGGCCGGAGCCUGAGACUGAGACUCCUGUUCCGUUUGUAUCUCCUCAAGCACUACACUACAAUCCCGAACAGCCCGCGCUUUUUGGCGACACCAAUACAACAGUAUCUGGCGCUUCUGAUCCGUCUCCUUUGGCGGCAUUAGAAUUAGCUGCCCAACAAUUGGACCAGGAUUCCUCGGCUCAAGACCCUACUACAAUAAAACACACAAGUAUUCCCUUGCGGCCCUUUGAAUUUCUCAUUCCCCUCUCUAUGGAUUCUAGAGUCAAAGACGACUAUGAUCGGACACUUGAAACGGCAGGGAAGCAUAUUCAGAAAUUCAUGGACGACAUUCUACCUGAGGACUUAUCUAAAGAUGUGGAAAUCGACGUGGAAAGAAUACUAGAGCAGCUGAAUAAUAUCACCACCCAUCCAGACCUUAAUUUACCCGAACAACCCAGCAGUGGAUCUCUAGAUGCAGGUAAAGAGGCCUCUUGGGCGGAGUAUUCGAGCUCAAAAUUCCAAUUUCUCGGAUAUUUUAUGGACGCGGUGCUAGAAAACCCUUCAGCGCCUAGUAUUCAUGUGGUUCUGAUGGCUAAACCGGGCCCAACUAUUGACAUCUUGAAAAAAUACUUCCUCGGCAAAUUAUAUGAGCUAAUUUCUGAAGGCCCAAAUGCCGAACGUCUAGUCUUCCGUUUAAGCGAUCUAACCUUCGAAAUACGCUCGACAGUGGAACAAACAUCAACCCCUCCUUUCAAAAAUCCAUCUGUGAUCAUUGCUUUCGAUAACUCAUUCGACGCGGACGCCCCAUCACUGCUUCAGCUUCGAAAUAUACCCUCUUCUGAGCGCCUAAUUCCGGUGAUAAAACUUAUUAUAUCCAAUACUGCCGAACACAUAGCGCUCUGUUUACCUCAGUGCUCCGGCAUAGACAGACUUAGGAUACUUGUUCAAUGCAUUGAUAUUUACAGCAAUGUUGCUGGAGAUCUCCAAGAUGACGCCCUUGGAGUUCAAGAAAAUGCAGAAGAGACUCUGCGAUAUUUACUAGCAGACCCAGAAACAAGGGAGUGGCCUCUUCCAGAGGUUUCAAUGAUCGAAAUUCCAACAUCCAUCAUUUCAGUCUCCUCAGAACUAGAACGGUUACGCACGGAGUUAUCAUCUGGCCAGAAACGCUUGCUGGAGGACGAAGCAGAUGUAAACGCAUGCUCCUCUAAGCGUCAAAGAAUGACUCCUUUCCAGGAUAUUACUCAUAUAAGCGACUCGUUACCGAGCCAAACACAAGAAAGAUUGUCUACGGAGUACAUAAUUUCCCAGGGCCAAAAAGACAAAGAUGCCACUGCAGAGAUAAAAGAACUUCGCGCUGCUUUGGUCGAAGCACAAGGCCGGGUAGAGGCAAUAGAGGCUAGUUCUGCGAAGCUCCAGUUUCGAUAUGAGUCAAAGCACGAACUUUACCUUAGAACACGGCGAGAACUCGACACCGCCGUUGAGUCUACAAAGAAGUUGAACGUUCAGAUUGAAAAACAGAAAUUGGAAAUAUUAAAGUUGAAUGAGGAAAAGUCUGCUUUGUACAAGGACCUUGAAGAUGCCCGGAAUGCCCUUAAAUCUGGUGGAGGGCUGAUGGCUGAUUUAGAAACAGCCAGAGAGGAAAUUCGCGCAUUGUCAAAAGAAAAAGCAAGCCUGGAAAGGAUCUCGCAGCAGGACCGUUCUCAGUCCGAGUUUACGCGACAACAAUAUCAAAACGCUUCCACGGCAGCGGCCCAGUCUAGUUUGGAAGCCCGCCAAUUAAAGGAUCAAAUUGAAGAAUUGAAGAGAAAAUCUAGUGACGAAGCAAGCAAGCUAAAGGAACUUCGACUUCACAAUAAUGAGAAGAAACAUUUAGAUCGAGUUAGCGAGCUAGAAAAAUUACUAUCAUUGCGUGAAAAGCUCUUGGCUACUAAGGAAGAGGAACUUCGAGAAAUGAGAAAGAACCGGCCGACCACACGGUCGACUAGCACCCAACCGCGAAGCCCCAAGUUUUCUAGCUCCAGCCGUCCAGAGAGUCCCGCACCGGGCUCCAGCAAUACUGUUGGCCGAGGUAGCGUAUUACGCUUCCGGGUUGAGCCCUAA